GACGGUAAGUAUCUACAUUUCACACUAGUCGUCGGCGCAGACGGCCUCCAAUCCAAAACCCGCCGACAAGUCUUCGGCCUCUCAGGCGAAUCCGAUCGAGUUCAUCGCCUAGACAUCUACGGCGCCUUCUUCUCCAUGCCUCGCACGGAAGCGGAUGAUGACUGGCGGCGAUGGUUCCACGCACCAGGCCGUCGAGGCGUGAUGAUUCGACCGAGUGAUCGUCCCGAUCGGGUGACGGUGUUUAUGCACAAGAAAACCUCCUCCGACGAGGAAGCCGCGCCGUUUCAAGAGGUGGCGAGGAGUGCGUAUGGCGAGACGAAAGCGCAGAAGGAAUUGAUGAAGGAGACGUUUAGGGGGAUGGUGUGGCAAGAGGAGAGGAUUCUUCGGGAAUUGGAGGACAGUGAGGAUUUUUAUUAUAGUCCUGUGGCGCAGGUGAAGAUGGAGAAGUGGAGUCGUGGACGGGUUGUGCUGCUUGGAGACGCGGCCCACUCCCCCUCCCCCCUCUCCGGCAUGGGAACAACCCUCGCCCUUUCCGGCGCCUACAAUCUCGCCGGCGCGCUGUCCACGCACCCUGACGACAUCCCCGCCGCUUUGGCUCUGUACGAAGAAGCGCAGCGUCCGCUCGUGGAAGCGGGACAGAAAUUGUCACCUGCCAUCAAUCUGCUGUAUGAUAGCGACUCUCCCUGGAGGGUGUGGGCGGUGAACUGGUUCGCGGCGGGGGUGUCGUAUUUUGCGCCGGUGAUGAAGGCUUUCUUCAAGGUGGUGGGUGGGGAGGCGAAUCGAAAAGGGGUGUGGUUGAGCGAGUAUGGGUUGAGGAGGGGUGAGGAGGUGAUAUGA